UUUUUCAUUUAUCAAUAUAAAACGAUAGAGUUACAUAUUAAUUUAAGUAGUGAUAAGAAAUAUUUAUACUAGCGUCAUCUAUCAUAUUACCGCUGUAUUAUGGUAAAUAAAUGUGUUAAACCUAUGGACAUAAUAUAAAAACAAUGCGAAAAACUAGCGAUUUUAAUUAAUUAAAAAGUGGAAUUAAAAUGUCAGACGAAUCAGAAUAUGAUGUCGAACCAGAGGAAUUUGAUAUUUAUAAACGAAAAUAUCAAUUACUACUAGAUAGGUGUGAAGUUUUACAACAGGAAAACGAGAGAUUAGUUUAUCGUAUCCAACAUGUUAGAAAACUUCUAAAACGUACAAGAAAGGAAAAAAAAUUUUUAAUUGAUCGUUUGGAUCAACAUGGUGAUCGCUGGCGAGAAGCACCUAUGGGAGUUCUUGAAGAAAAUAAUGUAUUUCAAAUAACACCGAAACCAGAGAAAGGACCAAAAGCCACUGCUCAUAAUUCUAAAGAAGAGAAAACUAAAAAAGGGACAAAACGAAAAGGUGCAAAAACAGAUCCAAAUGCUCCAAAAAGACCAGCAAACCCAUUCUUUCAAUUCUGUCAAGAGCAAAGACCCCGGGUUAUGGAACGAUUAGCUGGAGAACCAGAACCAAGCAAGCAAGAGCUCACCAGACAACUUGCAACUACUUGGAAAUCUCUUAGUUCAGAAGACAAAAAAGUAUAUUAUGACAUGUAUGAACGAUCCAAAGAAAAAUAUGUUGCCGAAAUGCAAAUUUAUAAUAAAAAAUCGGAAGAUGCGCCAAAUCACAUGUCUUUAAAUAUAACGUAGUACUUGUAUUUAAGAUAAAUGAUAUUUAUAAAUACUUAAUUUAUAAUCGUA